AUGUUACACCCAUUAAUAAUGGGUGUGACAGGUACAUUAGAAACGUUAAGUAAUUCGGAGAAAAAAGUAAUAAGAGAUGAUUAUAAAGUCACUAAAAAUACGUAUGUUCCAUCUGUUUUUGGAAAAAACAAUCUUCGAUUUAUCGAGAAAGAUGAUAUUAUAAUUGAGAACAAUAAUGACUAUUUUAAUCAAAUAAAGAGAGAAGUUGAUGAUAGAAUUAUUGGAAGAAAUUUAGAAAAACGCGCUAUUUUAGUCUUUUUUGAAUCACAAGCUAAACUAAUGUCAUUCUAUGAGUCAUCUGCUUUAGAAUCAAUUAAAGAAUCAGUUGUCUAUCUAACAGAAGAUACAUUAUUAGAAGAAAAAGAAGUUAUCAUUAGUCGUGCAACUGUAUCAGAUCAAAUCACUUUAUUUAUGAGAACAUUUGGUCGAGGAACUGACUUUAAAUGUCACGAUCAAACUGUUGCCACUAAUGGUGGUACACAUGUUAUUCAAACAUUUCUUUUAGAAAAAUUUUCCGAAGAAAAACAAAUCAAAGGUAGAACUACUGGACAAGGUGAUCAAGGAUCUUAUAGUAUGAUUUUACAUGAACAGGAUCUAGAGAAAUUUCACAUCGAUCAAACACAUAUUGGUCAUAUUUUAAAAGGUA